CGUUUUUAACUAAAAAUAUUCUGUCAUAACUAAAGAAGAAAAAACUCCAAAUAAAUAAGGGCGCCAACACCAUAAACCCUCGCUAACAAAAACCUCGCCAUAGUGUCCUCUUUGACGAUUUUCUUUCAUUCUUUUGAUCAAAUUCAAUGGCUUUCUGGGGAGUUGAAUUGAAGCCAGGAAAGCCUUUUACUCUUAAAUCUACUGAAAUUAAAAGACUUCACCUUUCCCAGGCGACAUUGGGGCUUGGUAAUGCAACAACUAGAAGCAUUCUUCAGUGUAAUGUUGGGAACAAAAGUCCACUUUUCUUGUGUGUCCUGUCUCCUGAAAAGGUUGAUUCUUGCCAACUCAAUAUUGAGUUUGAAGAAGCUGAUGAUGUUGUCUUCUCUGUCAUCGGACCUCGGAGUAUUCACCUCACUGGCUACUUCCUCGGAAAGGGUUCCGGUUUAGGCCAAAAUGAUGACGAAUCUGAGUCUUACGGCGAGGAUAUAGUAGAUACAGACUUGGAGAAAGGUAGCAGUGAUGAUUAUGAUUAUAGCGAUAGUUUCAUCAAUGACAAUGAUCCAUCUGCCCUCGGUUCUCACGUCUCUAGUACUGACGAAGAUGAAAUAUCUAUUAAGGAAAUGGCAGCGAAAACAAAGGACAAGGAAACAUAUCGAAAAGGUGGAAGACUAAGGAAGAAAUUUCAGGUCUCUGAUUCAGAUUCUGAUGAAACUUCAGCUAGAGCUGAUGACUCUACCAAUGAGGAUUCGAUAGAAGUUGAAAACAAGAUUCAUGCAGAGAAUCCUUUGCCUUCAAGGCUUACAAGAUCAAAGGCAAGAAGUUCGAUUUUUGAAAAUGGCGAGCCUAAUUCCAAGUGUGAGAAGACGUCGGAAGCAAAAACUCAAACCGACAACACUCUGGAUAAAAGUGAGGAUAAGCUUUUGGUUGUUGCUGAACCUUCACCCGUUAAGAAUGAAUGUGAAACUCUUCCGAAGAAAAAACAAAACAAGGAAAAGUCUAAGACUUCAGUUGUGAUUAAUCUAGAUGAGGGAGAUGAAAGGCAUAUGCCUGAAAGUCUUCAGAAUGAGAAGCAAGCUUCUGAAAAGGGGAUCGAAUCAUCAAUCGAUGCGUUGCCCUCUCAGAAUGGUGAUGACACCACAAAGAAAAAGAGGAAAAGAGAUAGAAGAGAAGAAGCUACAGAGAGCAAGAAACAAGCGAUCGACCAUGAGAAGAACGUUGAGAAAGAAGCUGUUUCAAAUGAAGUAAUCAUUGAGGAAAUUGAGCAAGGAAAGCCAGACGGGAAAACAGCCGUGAAUGGGAAAAAAGUGAGCAUACUAUAUACUUCCAAGUUAAAAGACACUGGAGAAAUGGUUAACUCAAACAUCGGAGAAACUCCAUUCAGAUUUCGCUUAGGCGGAGAGAAAGUCAUAAAAGGUCUCAGCGUUGGUGUAGAAGGGAUGCGAGUUGGUGAUAAGAGAAGACUCAUCAUUCCGCCAUCCCUCGGGUACUCGGAGGAGGGAUUGAAUGGUGAUGUCCCUAAGAAUGCGUGGCUAGUUUAUGAAGUGGAGGUUGUGAAAGUCAGAUGAUAUGCCAUUAGCUUUUGAUAGGGUUUUUGCUCCGAGUCUUCUACAUGCCUCCUGUUUUAGGACUUUCUUAGCAGUUACAAUUUUAAAAACUCCUGAUUUAUUCCUUUUAAUUCCUAUCAGUGUUUUGUUUUGAGUUCAUGCUGGUUAUAGAUGAAUCAAUGCUUCUGAGUUCUUUGAAACAUACGACUCUUAGUUCAUUUUGAGUCUUAGGCCAUCAAACAUACGGCUAAGCACAUAUGUUCCAGUUGAAUGUAAGGUUUGUGAUGUCGACCGAGUUUGUAUCUGAUUUAAAUGAUAGAUGGUUAACUUAGAAGAGGACUUAU